GCGCUGUUUGUGAAUGACGUCAAUGCUGGGGCGCAAGAUGGCCGCGUUCGAUCGGUAAGCGCUCGAGCGACACCGGAACCGAGAGAACCGCCGCCGCACGGAGAGUCAGUGGAUGCUGAGAGACAUUCAGAGAGACUGAGACACGACACAGAGACACGCGACAUCCGCGAGAGGAUGGACGCCGCCGAGUUCAUGGACACGAUGGACCCGAGUCUGUCCGAGCUGGGCGACGAGUUCACACUGGGAGACAUCGACGAGAUGCUGCAGUUCGUCAGUAAUCAGGUGGAUUUCCCAGAUCUCUUCGAGGAACAGAUGGGGGGCGGAGCUGUGGCCCCCGUGAGGCCCCUCCCACAGGUGGCCCCCAGCGCCAUACUGACGCCCCCACACACGCCCAUACAGACCAGCAGCCAGACACAGACGCAGACACAGACACAGACACGCACACCGCCGCUGCUGCAGCCGCGACCGCAACCGAUCACACAGGUGCAGACGCAGACGUUCCCCAUGCAGACGCUGGCGGUGCAGACGCCGACGCAGCCGCAGACGGUGAUGAUCGCGCCGACCGCCACGCCGUCACACCGAUUCAUCCAGAACCAGGUGAUCUGCCAGCAGAACCCCAACGGCGGCUUCCAGGUCCUUCAGCCGCAGGUGCAGAGCAUCAUGACGUCGCCGCAGGUCCAGCCCAUGACCAUCCAGCACCAGCGGCUGUUGACGCCGACCGGUCAGACCAUCCAGACGCUGUCCACCACGCCGGUCCACACCGUAUCACAGCAGGUGCCUGUGUUGGUGCACCAGCCCCAGAUCCUGAAGACGGACUCUCUGGUUCUGACCACGCUCAAACCGGACGGGACCCAAGUGCUGUCGACCGUCCAGAACCCGCAGGGCAUCACCACCCUCACGGCACCCAUCCAGACCACUGCGCUGCAGGUUCCUACGCUGAUGAGCAGCAACAUUCUGACCACCGUUCCCGUGAUGAUGGGAGGCGGAGACAAGCUGCCGAUCAAGCAGCUCUCCACAGGCCCCACCCACACCGGAGGCGGAGCCAGGGUGACCGUGGACCAGAGCGUGGCCGUUACGGCGGGAACAGGGGCACCCGUGAAAGAGGGCGAGAGACGAACGACGCACAACAUCAUCGAGAAACGCUACCGAUCGUCCAUCAACGACAAAAUCCUGGAGCUGCGCGACCUCGUGAUGGGCAGCGACGCCAAGAUGCACAAGUCUGGCGUUCUGCGUAAAGCAAUCGACUACAUCAAAUACCUGCAGCAGGUGAACCACAAACUCCGGCAGGAGAAUCUCACGCUCAAGAUGGCCAAUCAGAAGAACAAGUCGGUGUGUCUGUCUGAUGACAUGGAUCUGAAGCCAGAGGUGGCCUUUAUUUCUCCUCCUCCAUCAGAUUCGGGCUCCAGCUCUCCUCCUCAGCUCUCGCCCUUCUGCAUCGACUCAGAGCCGGGCAGCCCACUGCUGGAGCACGAGACGGUGAAGAGCGAGCCGGACUCGCCAUCGUCGGUGGGCGUGAUGGACCGCUCGCGUCUGCUGCUCUGCACGCUCACCUUCCUCUGUCUGUCCCUCAACCCGCUGCCGUCUCUGCUGGGAUCGGAGGAGAGCGACGGGCUGACGGCCGCGCACGGAUCCUCGCGCACGCUCUUCACGCUGCCCGUGCAGACGCAGAGCUUCGGGGCGUGGCUGUGGUGCGUGUUGCCGUGGUUCCUGGUGUGGGUCCUGAGCGGAGUGGGCGUGGUCUGGGGGUGUGUCCGUGUGCUGUACCUGUGGGAGCCGGUCACGCCCCUGCACUCGCCCACGUCAGUGAGAUUCUGGAGACACAGGAAACAGGCCGACCUGCAGCUGUACCGGGGCGAUUACGCGGCGGCCGCGGCGAGUCUGCACACGUGUCUGUCCGUCUUGUCCAGAGUGCUGCCGUCCUCCACCCUCGACAUCAUCUGCUCGCUCUCCUGGAACCUGAUUCGCUACUGCCUGCGGAAACCCACCCCCCUGGGCUGGCUGGUGCGUCUGGUUGGAGGAAGACACGAGGGGGAGGAGUCACAGACCAGCUCACGUGACGCAGCGCUGGUGUAUCACCAACUCAACCAGCUGCAGCUCACAGGUAAGCUGGAGCGGCGGCCGCUGUGGGGUGUGUGUGUGUCUCUGAGCGCUGUGAAUCUGAGCGAGAGCGCGGAGGGGAAGAUGCCGCUCGCUCAGCGGAUCCAGAUCUUUGUGACGGCGGCCAUCAGUCUGAGAGCGGCGCUGGGGAAACACCUCACCUGUCUGCCCGGUUACCUGCUGAGCUGCGCCGAGGCUCUGGCCUGUCAGUCGGACUCGAAGCCCCUCCCGGACUGCCUGCGCUGGAUCUUCACGCCGCUGGGCCGCCAGUUCUUCCUGAGCUGUGAUUGGUCCGUGAGGGCGGAGAGCAGCGAGCAGAUCUUCACGUCUCCGAGGGACGAAGCGGAUCCCGUCGCGCAGCUGCACUCCUGUUUCUGUGAGAAGCUCCUGGAGAGAGCCGUGCACACGCUGAUCGAGCCGCAGAGCAGCAAACACGCAGAGGACGCUGGGGAGUUCACAGGAGUUCUGGAGUUUCUGCAGCUGUUGAACAGCUGUACUGAAGACUCCGCCCCCUCCACCGCCCCCUUCCCCGCGCUGGCCAAUCAGAGCUCAACACCAGUGCGGGACCCCGUGUGCCGCUGGUGGGCGUCGGUGCUGAAGGCUGCGGUUCAUUGGCUGCAGGGUGACGACGCGUCGGUGAGGUCACUGCUGGCGGAGGCGGAGCGGAUGCCCAGAGCGCUGCACACGCUGGAUCACCCGCUGCCGAAGGCUGUGCUGGCGCUGUGUAAGGCGGUGCAGAUGAGUGUGAGUCCGCAGAAGGGCGAGGGGGUCGUCAGCUGCCUCAGUCACUGCCAGCGCGCCAGCGCUCACCUGCACAUCAGUGUGUGUCAGUCGCACAACAACACCUGGCUGCACAAGGGGGUGGAGCUUCUGGUCUGUGACCUUCUGCUGACUCUGAGAACCAGCCUAUGGCAGCGCGGAGGCGGGUCUAACGGGGAGCCGGGCCCCGCCCCCGGAUCCCAGCUGGCAGGAUUCCAGAGGGACCUGAGCUCUCUGCGGAAGCUGGGACAGGCCCACAGACAGGCCCAACACAAGCUGUUCCUGCACGAGACGACGGUCCGACUGAUGGCGGGAGCCAGUCCCACACGCACACACCAGCUGCUGCGACACCGAACACACAACUACAGCACAGACGGCGACUGCGCGCUGGGCGAGCGCGAGAGGGCUCACGCUAUCCUGCUAGCGUGUCGUCACCUGCCGCUGCCGCUGCUGACGCCGCCGGGUCACCGCGCACGACUGCUGGCCGAGGCCAAACGCACGCUGGAGCGCGUGGGAGACCGAAGAUCACUGCAGGACUGCCAGCAGAUACUGCUGCGGCUCGGCGGAGGAACCACCAUCGCUGCCACAUAACACACACACACACACACACACACACACACACACACACAUGCACACACACACACUCAUACACACUGAACCUUCAUCAGCUGUAUGUUAGUCAUGACUGUGUUAAUAUUAGAUGUAUAUUAGUUUCAUUCUGAACACACACACACACACACACAUACGGUUCAGUCAGAUCUAUGCGACAGCUAGUAAAUAAACAGCUCAUGUGUCUGCAGCUACCUCACACACACACACACACACACACACACACAAACACACACACACACGUUGUACAGAACUGUGUCUUAUAGACCAAAGUCUUCUAGCGCUAGUGAGACACAUGAGGGUAUUAUAUAAUUAUUAUUUCACACGACCUUAAUGCUUCAUCAUGUGUAAUUACUUCAUUUAGUUUCUGAUGUGUUUGUUUUUUUUGUCUUUAUUCUUUUAUAUUUGAAAAUAUGACAGCGGGACUUUUAUUAUGACAACACGUGAUGAUAGAUGAUGAUGAUGAUGUAUCGGUCACGCACACAUCAGAAACUAGCUGUUAAUGCAGGAAAAGCAUAGGAAGUAAGCGUGUGUGAUAUUUGGGUUUUUUUAAUAAUUUAAUCUCCAGGUUCUGGUUGUGUUUCAGUAUCUAACUAUAAUAACUCUCUCUGCAGCUCCGUCACACGCACUCUCUCUGCUUUCACUCUUUCGUUCACGUGUUCGUCUGAAUUUCUACAUCUUCUGAAUUUUUUUUUGUAAUAAAACUUGCAGAUGCCGUUGAAGAAC